GUUAUUCUUCAUUUUCAUCAUGAAAAUUUUUGCUGGUAUUGAAGGUGGUGCUUCAUUUUCAAAAGUGGCAUUGUUGGAUGAAAAUGGUUGCAUUCUAUCACGAUUAGAUUCUGAACCAGGAACCAAUAUUAUGCUUAUGACCAAACAAGAAUGGGUAGAUCGCGUCUAUCAAAUGGUACAGAAAGCAACGUACCAAUUGCCUAAACAACCGGAUGGACAAAACUAUCAACUGGAAAGUAUUGGACUAUGUUUAAGUGGUUGUGAAAAUGAAGAAGUAAAUCAAGAACUAUGUGAAUUGCUUAAAUCCAAACAUCCUGAAUUAUGUCAACGGUAUUUGAUUGCAUCAGAUACGGUUGGUAGUAUGAUGACUUGUAGUCCGAACGGUGGAAUAGUUCUUAUUGCUGGAACUGGAUCAAAUUGUUUACUCAUUUAUGGGGAUGGCAGCCAAUAUCGUUGUGGUGGUUGGGGUCAUAUUAUUGGAGAUCAUGGUUCUGCCUAUUCAAUAGCGAUUCGUGCGAUACGUUAUCUUAUUGAACACGAAGAAAAUUACGCACCAAUUGAAUGUAAUGUUAGUAAUGUUCGUGAAGUUGUUUUUGAUCAUUUUAAAAUUGACAAUUAUCUUGAUUUGAUAAAACCACUUUAUCAGGAAUUUGAUAAAUCCUAUAUUGCUCAGCUCUGUGCUCGUAUUGCUAAACUUGCAACAGAAAAAAAUGAUCCAUUGGCAAUAGAAUUAUUCAAUGAAGCUGGCAAGGCAUUGGGUCAACAUGUAAAAGCAUUGAUACCAAAAAUUGAAGGAGAUGAAAUAUCAGUGAUUUGUGUUGGAUCAGUAUUUAAAAGCUGGCCACUGUUGGAGAAAAAAUUUUUAAAUGAAAUUGGUCGUAUUCGAUUGAAGCUAAAUCUUGUUUAUUGUAAUGCAACAAGUGCUAUUGGCGCUGCUUAUUAUGCAGCCAAAGUAAAGGCUAAAACUAAACUACCCAUCGAUCAUGAAAAAAAUUAUCAAAUAUUAUGCGCUUAUCGUGAUGGCCAAAAAGUUUAUUGAACAAAAUAUCAUUCGCUUUUUUUCAAUAUAUUUCAAAAUUUUUUGCCAAUUUUUUUAAAGAAAUAACGAAAUAUUUACAUCCAUAUACACUUAGAAAAAUUAUCCAUUGUUCACAAUUCAUCAUUACAGAUUUUAACAAAAAACAAAUUAAAAUUAAGAUUCAUUAAAAUGACAGAAACAUUC